UUCUGACUCGUGUUAAUGACUCGGGGAUGCUUCCCUUUAAAGUAACGUUGUUUGGUUAGUUUAUUUACAAAUUUUUUGAAUUACAUAUACUGUAAUGAGAUGUGUUAACGAAGGGCCAAAAAAACUCGGCUGGAAUAGAGGAAUGUUCGCACAUCGUUUGUACUAUUAAGGUUUAUAAUCUUUUUUCUGAAUAUUAUUCAAUGAAAGUGGUGAACUCCAAACUUCUGUUUACACGGUUUGCUUGUCUCACAAAUUUGGGAGAAUGUGUAAAUACCUUGUAAAUACUUGUACAUUACUACAGAAUUUACAAUAGUGAGGUUUGGUUUGUUUUGGUGAGAGGAAAUUCUAAUGGAUGAUGAGUGAUUCUGAUGAUACUGAUGUUUUACUCCUAAUUCCACCUGACCUAUUCCUUGUAACAUCGUCUUCAGAAUCUGACGACAGUUUUGACCGUGAGAAAGUGGACUAUAAUCGUAAAGGAACCGGAGUGAUAUCAGAACUUGUGGAACAUAUGCAGUCGCUUGAAAGCAGAAUUAUUGCUAUUGAAUCCAAAGAUAACAGCUUAGAUGCGACUUUACUAAACAAUUCAUUGGAUUCACAAUUUCAAAGUAAUACAUCUACUAAGCUUAGACAGACGUUACCUAGAACUAAAUUCUAUGUAAGUCAAAGCUCUAGCUUACAGAGUACACCUGUAAAGCCUCGGCAAUCCUUAUCUGUUCCUUCAACUCCUAAUGGUUACUCAUUGUCAAACCAUAUUAAUUUUCAUCAUGAUGACAUGAAAUCUGGGAAUAAUAUUUCUAAGGUUAAUGGUACUAAUACUACUAACGCUAAUGAUCAUGACAAGAAUAAGCAUGAUUGUCUAAUAUCCCAUUCUGACUCCUCUGUGGUGGUACCUUUUGUUUCUUGCAGUGUGGGUUUCCCGCAUGCUAUUGGUAUUUCUUCCAAAGGGGAACCUUGCUCGUAUUCAUUUGAUUAUUCUAAGAAUACAAAUAAUAUGUAUAAUAAACCUUAUGUUAAUCCACUGAGUUCAAUGCCAUCUAUUUCAACUUUAAUUAGCACAACAGAACAACCAAAUUCUUAUUCUAAAGCUAUCAUACAAGAGAUGGAGCUAUUUGAAGUGGAUGAGCUACUCCAGGAAAUGGAAGCAACUGAACAAGAAUUAUCAAAACGUAUAAAUAGAGCCUCAGUGCAUCAAUCUUUUAAGGAAGAUAAUGACACUUCAAUGCCUGAUCAAAGUAGUGAUACAUUAAGGAGCAAGGUUCAUGAUGAUACACAUAAACAAUCCUUUAAUCGCAGAUUGGAGUUUGCCUUGCAAGAUUCCACUCAGUAUCAUAAUGGAAGAUCACUUCCAUCUCAAAAAAAGAAUUCUGAUGUAUUUCCUGAUAUAUCUCUCCCAUAUAAUGAUUCAUUCUACAUUGAUCGAACAAAUAAAAUGAUCUCAGAGUUUAAAGUAUGGGAACAAAGUGUUAAAAAACCAAUAUUAAAGACUGAACAAAUAGAAGAUAUAAAUACAAUAAAAAAUAUAAACAAUUUUAAUAAAUCAAUAUUUAAUGCAAAUGAUGCAAAACGAAAAGAAUCUAUUGUAGAACAAGUACCUGUUAGUGUAAAUGAUACAAAUAGUGCAGGUACAAAUAAUACCCUUGCUGUGCAUACACGACCUGUGCAAAAAAAUUCAGAGUCUUCAUUGCAUAAUGAAUUAUCACAAUAUAAUACUGCAACAUCAACAAGAAGUACAGAAUCAUAUGCACCAUGUUUAACAGAGACCUAUAGAAGUUCCCAACAGAAUGGUAAUGUUCAACAUACAAAAGAAGUGCAUGAAGUACCAUUUACUGUACAUAGUAAAAAUACUGUUAAUGCUUCAACUAAUACAGAUAUCUUUCCAAGGAAAUCACAAAGGCUUCUGUCAUUAUCCGAUUUUUGGGAUGACACUGGCACUAAAUCUCUAGAUGAAAUGCGUAGAAUUAAAUUAGAAGAAGAAAAAUUUCGGCGUGAGCAUUGUGAACAUUUAAUUCAAGAGCUUCAAAAACGACUGCUGGAGCAACAAGAAAAAGUUGCAGUAGCUCUUAGAGUAGAUAAUGAAAAAAAUGAAUUAAUAUCACAGUUUCAUAAUGGAUGGUCUAAAUUGAAACAACGAAUUCACGUUUUAGAAAAUGAAUACAGUACUUUACAAACAAAUCUAAAAAAUGUAACAGAGAAGCAUCAAUUAGAAAUUUCGGAGUUUCAAUCACAAAUUAAACGAUAUGAAGGAGAACUAUCUAAAGCUUUAGAUCUUGCAGCUGGUUAUAAAGAAAAAAGUGAUAAUGCGAUGAAAGAAAAAGUUGAAUUGUUAAAAAGUCAUGCUGAUGAGUUAGAAAAUUAUAAAUCAUUUGUGCAAGCAGCUGAAAAUAGGUGUGAACAAUUAAAAGUAGACUAUGAUAAAUUAUUAGAAAAAAAUAAACAAAAUGAAGAAACCAUAAAAAGUCAUCAACAAGACUUAACUAAAGAACGAUUAAAAGGUGUGGAAGUUAGAAAUGAAAUGAAUGUUAUUCAUAAAGCAUUAGACACUUGUGAAGCUGAACUUACUGUAUUGAGGCAAGAAAAGGAAAAUUUACAAUUGAAAUUAAAAGAAGAAAUAAAUAGAAAUACAAUCUUAGAUCAAAAAAAUGCUGCACUACUUUCAUCAAUCGAUGAUGCAAAAAAAGCAGAGAAAGUAGCUAAAGAUGAAACUAAAUCUCUUGCCGAGCAAAAAGAAAAAAUUAGAUUGGAAAUGCAAGAAGUAUAUCAGAAACAAGUCGAUGAAGUUGUAAAAGUUAAAUUACAAGAAUUCCAAACGCAGCUUGAUGCCGCAGAAACAGAAUUCCUUGAAGAAUUAAAAACCAGACAGCAAGUUAUUGCUGAAUGCGCGGCAAGGAAAAUUAAAGAUGUUAUUGAUAAACAUCGACUAGAAAUAAACUUAGUAGAAGAAAAACAUAAAGAAGAGAUACGAUUGUAUGAACUCCAGUUGGCACAAGCUUUACAAAAAUCGGCCAUAUUAGAGGCGCAACUCAAUUCUCAACGCGCUACCAAAUCUCAGCUUGCUGAACAAUUGCAUUCUGUGAUGCAAAAGCAAUGGCAACAGGCGUUACAAAUUAUAUCAGGUGGAAAUAUGGAGGAUUUAACACCACUUCAAAAAAUUCACGCUGAAAAAUUGUUCAGGGGCCCAAAAAAAUCGGAAUCAAUGCCAAAUUGUUAUAUGAAACUUUUACAAGAACCAACAAAAUUAAAAUUACAGACUGUAGAUACAAAAAUUUUUCAUGAUCAAAAUGAGAGUUUAAGUACAAUGACACCGAUAGAAGACACUCCAUUAAGUAGCAAAGACUCAAAGGAUGACCUUCGAAAAUAUGUCAAAAUGAUUGUUGAUAUGCAGAAAUCAAGAGAAGAACUGUUGAGAGUCAGAGAAAAUAUUCAGAGUCCGCCAUUAGUUUGUAGGGAAGUGCCUCGGAAACAUUACACGAAAAAAGAAUUGAGCAUAAAGGAUGAUGACAGUAUUAUGUGGCAAGCUACACCUGAAGCUAGUCAAGAUACCACUGAAUGUAUUUCAAUUCCACAAAAAGUUUGCAUGAAGGGAGAUCAACAAAAGAAUAAACCACCAUGGAAAUGAUAUAUUAGUAGCAGCUCUGAAAAUGUUGAUUAUGGAAUUGAUGAAGUGGACAAUGUUUAUACAGUGCAUUUAUUUAGCCCUAAUUAAAAUAUAUA